AUGUCGAUUGACAUCAACUGGGAUACUAUCACAGGCGGCGCAGAAGGCUCCGCGCGUGCGGAGAAGAUACGCGCCUUCAUCCACGACCGCUUCCAGCAGGUGACGCUGCCACGCUUCAUUCGCUCAGUUCACGUGCAUUCCUUCGACUUCGGCAGCGUACCCCCGGAAAUUGAAAUUAAAGACAUAUGCGACCCACUACCGGACUUUUACGAAGAUGACGAGGACUAUCCAGACGAACAAGGGGACGACCUAGGGAAAGACGACACUGAGAAUGACGCUGAAUCACGCGACUCCAGCAACCCGCCUAGUCAUUCACGAAGGGAUAGCCAUCCCAGGGAACGAGGCCGAGAAGUAGACUUGGAGGAACACACGCCCAGUCAGAACAGAUUGCGGCCUUUUCAACCUCUUGCUAGACCAUCCACCAAGCGUUCGUCAUUGGCUCCCAACGAGCUAGGCAGCCCGUUUUUUCACGGAGCGCUCACGCCAGGCAUCCCUGGUGGUACCUCCAACAUGAACUACUUCCAUCUACCUUUGAGUGCUGGGCUCUCUGGUACUACAACGCCUCUGGCUGCUGUAGCUGGUGCGCAUCUGCAUAAUUGGCUUGACAACCCUCAUGGUCGGCCGAGUACACCAACAAAUAUGCGUCUGCGGAAUGCCGCGUCCAUGAACUCGCUAACCCUUACACCACAAUCCCACCCAGACCCUAGUUCAAGGCCAUCUUCCAGGCACCAACAGGAUGACGGAAAAAGACAGUCCUUUGCCGGAUCAGAUGACAGUAACUCUCAGCAUAGCUUUGGGCGGACACCGUCUGCGUCUCCUCACCGCAUGCGUGACAAGAGCCCCGAUGAUAUACAGGUCGUGACACAUGUACAAUACUCUGGCGAUAUCAAAAUGUCUCUGACUGCGGAGAUUCUGCUCGACUACCCCAUGCCAAGCUUCGUUGGCAUUCCUCUCAAGCUGAACAUCACCGGACUUACCUUCGACGGUGUUGCGAUCUUGGCAUACAUCAAGAAGCGGGCUCAUUUCUGCUUCCUGUCACCGGACGACGCAGACGCUCUGGUCGGUGGGGAGAACGGCUUCAAUGGUCUUCAGACGGACUCACAAGGCCAAAACCCACGUCCUGUACAACGACCCAAGAUUGGAGGUCUGUUGGAACAUAUCAAAGUUGAAAGUGAGAUAGGUGGCCAAGGCAGUGGAAAGCAAGUCCUCAAGAACGUCGGGAAAGUGGAGUCAUUCGUGCUGGAGCAAGUCAGGCGCAUCUUUGAGGAUGAGUUUGUCUAUCCAAGCUUUUGGACGUUCCUGGUCUAG